CUUCGAAUAAUAAAGAAGGAACAACACGUAUUACCCGUUUAUGUGAUAAGGAGGAGAUGUGUCUCGCACGACACGUUGGCAGGCAUCCCCUGGAUGAGUCACAGCAGAAUUACAAAAACGAUUGAACGUGUGUGCAAUGAAGGUCCAUACGACCGAAUCACUUGGGAGAAGCUAAGUGAAAGAGCAAACAAGAUAAGUGACACAUUUGACAUGAAGGAAAUGGGAAGAAUACUUUAUGCAUAUUCGAAAGUGAGUUAUCGUGAUGUGAAAAUAAUUUUAAAAUUUAGUGAAAAAAUAAAAAAAGGAGAUAUACACAAAAUGGACAUGCUAGCUUGUGCUCAUAUCUCCCAUUCUUUAAAUGCGCUAAAUUAUUUUGACAAAAAAUUAUUUGAAUUGAUAUUAUCCCAAUUCUUGAAAUUGCCAAUUGGAAAUAACCCUAAUUCCUUCCCACUUCUUCUAACUUUGAAUGCCUUUUCCAAACACUGCAACGAUUCCUCAUUUCGUGAAUUGACACUAAAGCUUCUCGUUUACGUUUUGACAAUUUUUUCGAAGUAUAAAAAAUGCUUCACUCCACAGGGACUGGCCAUGCUACUUAACUGCUUCUCACAAGUGACCAAACCGACUCCCCAUUUUUUGCAAGUUGCUAAUGUAAAGCUGGAUAGGAUAUACAUACAAGGAGAUUUAAAACGGGAUGAGAUGGAUUACCCCUGUGGAGAGCAGCGUGGGGAUGUAGUUACACUAAUGCAUCGUAGCGCAGAGGAUGAGGAGGAAGAAGGAGUAGCCAAUAAUGGUUCUUCCACUCGGGGGGGGAAAAAACGGGGGACAGAAAAAACAAGUCCAUGCUUAAGUACAGUAACGCACUUAGGGAGUUACCCACGGCAGAGGGACGAAAAUCACAUCGAGGGAGACAUGCACAACUGUGCGUACCACCAGAGUGUGCUGGACGAAAUGGACGAUGAGAUACUCAUUCGGGACGGCGGCUUUCCCCGAUGGGAGAGAGAUGAUACCAGUAGGAAGUGUUCGAAUGAGGAAGGGGAAGACACCCAAGGGAGUCAUAAUAACGUUGUAGGAAUUCCACCCAAUGGUGGCAGAUCUCCACAGGGUGCACGAAACCAAUUGGGUGGAGCCACUCGGGAGAGAAGCAAACAAACGGAGGAGUUGAAAAAUAUGUUCCUUGCAGUACUUCUGGAGAUAACAAAAAAUGUAGAGAAAAUGAAUACACAAUCACUCUCCCUUAUAAUUAAUGCCUGUUGUAGAAUUUGGUUUGAUAUCCCUAAAGAGUUUUUGAAAAUAAUUUUUGAGGAAACGAUUAAAAAGAUCCAGCUAGCCACCAUUCGACACUUAUCUCUAAUCAUCAAUGGGUUCAUCAAGUUAGGGGUCCCAGAGCCGAGUUAC